UUGGUUCUUCCCUCCUCGUAGAUUCCUACCCACCAAAGCCGGAAAAAUAGUAUGCAACUUUCUUCGUUUCAUAACGAAAAAAUGACUCGUCUUCUUGAAUAAUGCUAAGAAACCUUAAAGCAUACGAAAACCUUAAAAUAGUAUAUAUAUGUUUGUAAUCCUUGGCAUCAAUAUGUAAAUUAUGUAUCCAAGUUUAUUGUUCCAAAUUUUCUGGACUCCUCAACAAUAGUCAUACAUCAGUUUCACGUACGAGGUAAAGACUGUAUAGUCGUGUAUACUUUGUUCCAAAACAUAUUGUUACAAAUAUAUAGCUUCAAUCUUUCAAUUCAUUGCAUUCUCCAUAUAUAUAUACACAACACUUUGAUUAUUGCUUUGGUUAUUACUUUGUUCUUGAAACCAUGUCAAUAACCUUGCUCACAAACUUUGAACGCGUUGAGGUACUUCUCAAUGCACCAGACACCGUUAGUGUAUCAAAUAAAAGAUGGCAUUCAGCAUUCGUUGCCAUAUAUUGUUCCCGAGCCCUUAUGUCACACUUCACUCCCAAUAACAACACAAACAAAACCAAACCAAAGGCCUUACCUAAACCAACAUCAUCUUUUACCGUGGUUGAUUUGAACUCUCACCAUUCCUUUGGUAUAGACCAAACCACCCUCACUGAUAUUGUCAAAGAAAAAGACCUUCAAAGCCUUGAAAAUUUUGGUGGGGUUGAAGGGGUGGCAACAGCCCUUGAAACCCACGUUGAGUAUGGCAUCAAAGGUGAUGAUGAUGCUGAAGACAUCACACGUAGGAAACAAGUGUUCGGUUCCAACACUUAUGCCAAACCACCUUCCAAAGGUUUUUUCCACUUCGUGGUGGAAGCCUUUAAGGAUGUCACUAUUUUAAUCCUUUUGGUUUGUGCUGCUUUUUCCCUUGGCUUUGGCAUCAAGGAGCAUGGCCUCAAAGAAGGUUGGUACGAUGGUGGAAGCAUCUUUGUUGCGGUGUUCAUUGUCAUUUCCUUGUCUUCAAUAAGCAACUUCAGACAGAACAGACAGUUCGACAAGUUGUCUCAAGUGAGCAACGACAUACAAAUUGAUGUGGUCAGAAGUGGGAGGCGCCAACACGUGUCAAUCUUUGACAUUGUGGUUGGUGAUGUCAUUUGCUUGAAGAUUGGAGAUCAAGUGCCAGCAGAUGGGGUAUUCAUCGAAGGACAUUCACUCAAAGUGGAUGAGUCAAGCAUGACAGGAGAGAGUGAUCAUGUUGAGAUUGAUAGACGUCGCCACCCUUUUUUGUUCUCUGGCACCAAGGUGGCUGAUGGGUAUGCUAAGAUGCUUGUUACUUCAGUUGGUAUGAACACAACAUGGGGACAAAUGAUGAGUUCAAUAAGCAGCGAUAUUGAUGAGGAGACUCCUUUGCAAGAGAGGCUUAACAGACUUACAUCAUCCAUUGGGAAGGUUGGUUUGGCUGUGGCUUUUCUUGUCCUUGUUGUUUUAUUGGUUAGGUACUUCACAGGGAACACAAAGGAUGAGAAUGGAGAGAGGGAGUUCAAUGGAGGCAGGACCAAGUUUGAUGAUAUAAUGAAUGCUGUUGUGGGGAUUGUUGCUGAUGCAGUUACCAUUGUUGUUGUUGCAAUCCCUGAGGGUCUUCCACUGGCUGUGACUCUCACUUUGGCUUAUUCAAUGAAGAAAAUGAUGGCUGACCAAGCAAUGGUGAGAAAGCUAUCUGCAUGUGAGACAAUGGGUUCUGCUACCACAAUUUGCACUGAUAAAACAGGCACUCUCACACUCAAUGAGAUGAAGGUGACCAAGUUCUGGCUUGGCCUAGAACCUCAAAGUGCAUACUCAAAGGUUGCUCCAUUUGUUCUGCAACUGAUCCAAGAAGGGGUGGCUCUCAACACAACUGGUAGUGUGUGCAAGUCCAAUGAACCAGGUUCUGAAUUUGAGUUUUCAGGUAGUCCUACAGAAAAAGCAAUUCUAUCUUGGGCUGUUUUGGAUUUGAAGAUGGAGAUGGAGCAGUUGACAAGAAGUUGUUCUAUCAUUCAUGUUGAGACUUUCAACUCAAAGAAGAAAAGAAGUGGAGUUUUGUUGAGAAGGAAGGCAGACAACACAGUUAAUGCACACUGGAAAGGAGCAGCUGAGAUGGUACUAAAGAUGUGUUCAAGAUACUAUGAUGCUUCUGGCAUUGUGAAAGAUCUUGACAAUGAUAGCAUGUUGAAGUUUGAGCAAAUUAUUCAAGGUAUGGCAGCUAGUAGUCUUCGUUGCAUUGCGUUUGCACAUGUAGAAGUAGCUGAGGAAGAGGUUGAAGAUGAAGAAGGCAACACAAUGGUGAAAGUGAAAGACAAUGGUUUAACAUUGUUAGGACUUGUGGGGAUUAAGGAUCCAUGUCGUCCAGGGGUGAAGGCAGCAGUGGAAGCUUGCCAACAUGCUGGUGUGAAUGUAAAAAUGAUCACAGGUGACAAUGUUUUCACUGCAAGGGCCAUAGCAACCGAAUGCGGCAUACUUCGACCUAAUCAGGACACAGUUGGAGCAGUUGUUGAAGGAGAGGAAUUUCGCAACUACACACAUGAAGAGAGGUUGGAGAAGGUGGACAAAAUCUGUGUGAUGGCAAGGUCUUCUCCUUUUGACAAACUUCUAAUGGUUCAAUGCCUGAAGCAGAAAGGACAUGUAGUUGCUGUCACUGGUGAUGGCACAAAUGAUGCACCAGCACUGAAGGAAGCUGAUAUUGGACUCUCUAUGGGAAUUCAAGGCACUGAAGUGGCCAAAGAGAGCUCAGAUAUUGUUAUACUGGAUGACAACUUUGCAUCUGUGGUCACUGUCUUAAGGUGGGGAAGAUGUGUUUACAACAACAUUCAGAAGUUCAUUCAGUUUCAGUUGACAGUGAAUGUUGCAGCACUUGCAAUCAACUUUGUGGCAGCAGUGUCAGCUGGGGAAGUGCCACUAACAGCAGUGCAACUAUUAUGGGUGAAUUUGAUCAUGGACACACUUGGUGCCUUGGCUCUUGCAACUGAAAAGCCUACCAAGGAGUUGAUGGACAAGCUACCUGUUGGUAGAACAAAACCUCUCAUCACCAAUGUCAUGUGGAGGAACCUAUUGGCUCAAGCUUUGUACCAGAUAGCAGUUUUGCUGACCCUUCAAUUCAAAGGUGAGUCUAUCUUUGGUGUGACAUCAGGGGUGAAUGACACAUUGAUUUUCAACACAUUUGUGCUUUGCCAAGUGUUCAAUGAGUUCAAUGCAAGGAAGAUGGAGAAGAGGAAUGUGUUCAAAGGCAUACACAGGAGCAAGUUGUUUUUGGGCAUUAUUGGCUUCACAAUAGUCCUUCAGGUGGUGAUGGUUGAGUUUCUCAAGAAAUUUGCUGGCACAGAGAGGCUAAAUUGGGGGCAAUGGGCUAUUUGCAUUGGUCUAGCUGCAGUUUCAUGGCCAAUUGGUUGGGUUGUGAAGUUGAUACCUGUCCCAGAUACACCAUUGCUCAAUUUUUUGAGCAAGAAGAAAUGAAGACAUAGCCAUGUAGGGUAGGUGAUCAUUCUAUUUGUAUUUACAUAUUGUUUUAUCAUAUACGGAUAUAUUGUAUUCUCGCACAUUCUUUGAUUCUUUGCUAUAUUUACUGUAAUAUAUAUUUCAAUGUAAUAGAAUUAUGAUUGGUUUAAUAA